UCUGUAUAUAAUAGAGGUAUUUUUUUAGCAAGUCAUUCGAGCAUUCGAGUCUGCACAGGUCGCCAUUUUAGCAACGAAGCAUAGGAGUAUAACUUGCCGGAAUGGGAACGAAUGUAGAUUCGACGGGAUCGAAGUCGAGAUCUAUGAACAGUGGCGAUUAAGGUCGGUCAUCUGCAAGAUCUGCUAGUCCGGAUCGGUGAUCUACAACAAAUCAAUCAAUCACCGCUUUUUAACCAUCAAACCACUUCCCUCGCUCUCAGGAAAUAUGGCAAACGGAAUCAACAGCAAGGCGCAACGGAUUCUGGUCGUCCUCCUCGUCAUCAUCUUCGGAAGUGGAUCUUGGUUGACCGUGUCUGGGGUCUGGUGCGAGAUACCCAUCUUGGUGGCCCUUGGCCUGCCCGAAAAGAACCGGAUCACUUCCUACAUAACCCUCAUCGUUCAAACUGGACUCGUUUGGGUCUUUAUAUUCUUGUGCUGCAACAGGUAUCUUGCAUCCACUCGCAUCUAUAGACUAGAGAUCCCUGUAACCUACGCGGUCACAUUCAUAGGUUCCAUCGGGUCAUUCCUGCUGAUAUUCUUCUGGAACUCAAAGACAUACCUGUCCGGUGAACCACACAGCGUGUUUUUCCUAUUCAAUGUCUUUCUCGUGUCUUUGGUUGAUAUGAUGAUGAACACGACAUCAAUGGGAUUCAUUUCUCUUCUGAAACCCGCGUAUUUGAACUGGUUGUGGAUUGGUAUUGGAAUGAGCAGUAUUCUUCCUGCAUGCGUUGUUCUAAUCCAACAAGCAGGCGCUACGUCUACGGAGACUUGCGUCGCCAAUUAUACAUUCCUGAACCAAACUGUGGUCGGGAAUGCGUCAGUAUCAUACAACUGUACAUCUUGGCGCGAAGCGGCGCCAGAAUAUCUCUUCACACCAAGUCAAUUUUUUACCUUUUUGUUCGUGAUGAUGCUUUGUUGUCAUAUCUCAUUCAUUUGUUUGAAUUAUCUGCCUUGUGCCAGACGAGAAUACGCACCGCAGCCGGACGGUCACCAUCUUAAAAAAGAUGGCUGUGGAGGUCUUUUUCAAUGGAACUCAUCUGACGAUCCUUCUUCCAGCGAAGCGGACGAACUUUUGAGUUCGCGCCUAAACAUCCUAUCUGAUGGGCUGGAAUCUGCGAACUCCGAUCAGUCAAACAGCCGUGAACUGGAAGGAGAACUCACGAACAAACAACUUGUGUUUCUCUAUAGUAUGUGCAUUUUGAACAAGUACAUCCUGUUCGGAACCCUGUCUCCAUUACAGGGAUUUUCUGCCAGUGCGUACGGGAGAGGGACCUACGGCUUGGUGAUGCCUAUCCAUGAAAUAUCCGACGCCUUUGCCUUUCUGCUCUUUUUACUGAAGCCAAUAUACAGCUUCAAAGUGGUGACUGGUACAUUUAUAUUAGGACUCAUUUCGAGUCUGUACUGCGUUAUUGUGGCUGCAUUGAGUCCAUAUCCUCCAUUUAGCAGUCUCUUCUUUGGAAAAGUACUUAUUGUUGCUGCUUGGAUAGGUGCCGGUCUUUUCCACUCCUACUCCCGCGCGGCUACCUCCUGGAUAUUACGACAUACAUAUGAGAGCCGAAAGCAUUUGAUAUUAUCGAGUGCACUCGGAGAGAUCGGUGCGACUGUUGGUGCCAUUAUCAUGUUCAUACUCAUCAACGUUUGCAACAUUUUCGUGGCUUACGAGGACCAAGGGCUGUGUCCGACACACCCAACUUGUAUUCUCCUAUAAGAACUGAGGGGUUUAGUUGUUCAUUAAUAUAGGACGUGCUGCUCAUUGCCACACCAAGGAUCUUUUAAGUGUCACACUUCACCUUCAGGUCUUGCAUGGAGCAUAUUUUACCUGUCUACUAUUCACGCAUCUUUCAUACUGGAAAGCAGGGCCAAGGGAGCUAUUAUUUCUUACUGGGGGAGCUGAUGUAAACUUAACACAAAAAAGGGGGUGCCUCCAAAAUGAAGGUUAUUCUGAUCCCGAGAAAUUUGACAAGCAAAAAAGGGGGAUGGUUUCACUCUUUGGUCCACAGAAAUUUGACAACCCCCUCCCCCCAAAAAAAAAGAAAAAGGGGGGUGAGGGGUUUAAUUACUGCAAAAUGUAGGUCAUUUUCGUUUCAUUCUCCAUUACACCUUCCAGAAUUCCAAGGGCUGUUGCCUAUGGGGAAUAAUACACGCAGCACCUAUAAGGGAAUUCUUGGGGUGCUCCAACACCCCCAGCAAACAUCCCCGCUUCCCAGGGCCAUGCUGGAAAGUGACAAAAUUUCAAUAAAUAU